AUGGAGGAAUGCUGCCCCACAGCAAGAACAGAGGAUCUCAUCAAUCUCGUGACCUGGGCACACGCUCAUGGGACCAUAUGUAAUCAAAUCCCAGCCUUGGAAAUGACCAGUCAGUAACAAAACAAGCAAAAAACCCAGAACAGCAGCACAGGGAUGAGGAGAAUCCACCUCAGUGUAUUAAAGAAGUGGGAGGAAAAGAGAAAGCGUAACACUUAUCGGAUAAAAGUUUUCAAAGACUGGCUGGCUUCUCACUGCCCCACUGAAACACGCAAGAUCUGUGAGCUGCCACCUGAGGACCUGGAUCAUUACCUGGCCUCCUUCUACAGUUCUGCAAAGAAACAGAAUGGCAGAGAUUUUUCUGCCACUUCUUUGCACUUCUUCCAGAGCAACAUGGAGCAAUACCUCAAGGACCACAAUUACAAGUGCAGUGUGAUUAAAGGGCUGGAAUUCAGAGCAUCUCAGGAAGCCUUGAAAUUAAAGCGACACCAGCUAACUCAGAAAGAGAGAGAGGGAGAGUGGAGUAUUUUGGAGAACUUGACAGAUGAAGAUAUGGCAAGUCUUCGUAAGGGUGGACUUUUAAGUAAGAUGCACCCUGAGUCCUAUUUGCACCUAAUUUUCAUCAAUAUAAUUAGGGCAUUUGGGGCAAGAACGCACAGGCAGAGCCGUAAUCUGUACUGGGGGCAGCUUGUGCUACAAAAGAGCCAGGGAGAGCUGGAGUACUUGGAGUGGAUAGAUGAGCUGAAAGAAGAAAGAAAUACAGGGGACUCAGGUCCACGCCUCUAUGCCAAGCCUGACAAUCCAAGCGACUGCCCCGUGGAGGAUUACAAGAGGUAUGCCAGGAGGAGACCACCAGACAUGCUCCGUGUCUGGGACCCCCUGUAUCUGGUUCCUAAACCUCUGUUCUCCUGGUGGGACCACGUGUGGUACAGCCGAAAGUCACUCACCAAAGCCAAAAUAGAAAAGAUGUUGAAAGCUGUUAUCCAGCAAAUCAAAAUGCCUAGAAUAAAAUCCAAGGAAUAA